GCUCUAGCUCGACAGCUGCCUAAAUAGUAAAUUAAAAUAAGUCAUGCGUUCGAAGGACUGUGCCGUGCGCUAAAAGGAAAUGACAAGACCUUUUUGCCGUUUCAAUUCUCUUCACCUUUUUCUCUUUUGCCUCUUCCUUACGAAGUGUAAAUCUUUCCUGUCGUGGCAAUCCCAAAUAAAAAGGGCUGCCGUCCAUUCGUUCCUACAUAACAUAUACUCACUACUGCACAUCAUCUCCAAGUCUGAAUUAAUCCUACCUCUUGGCAAUUACUCUUGUCGUAUUUUCCUCCGUAUUAAACGCCAUGUACGCCAAGGCACCCACAGUCCUCCUGGCCGCACUGCUUGCGGGACAGGCCGCCGCCAAGACCGACAUAGCCGGCUGCGUAUCGUCUGCAACUGUAAAAUAUGGGGGCGCCAGCUUGAUCUGGUACGUCCCGGACACCGGCGAGAUUUGCGAGUUCCUCGACUGUGGCGGCGGGCGUGCACCACCCAAGACAACCGUUCCGGGCUGCGAUGGCUACUCAGGAACCGCCACCUAUUCGCCCAGCUUCCUGCCGGGUUUCGGUGCCUCCGCGACUCCUACUUCGACUGCAAACUCUGCUCCGGCCUCUACCUCGGCCGCUACGUCCGCGUCUAGCUCUAGCUCGGCGUCUGGCGAAUCUUCCGGGGAAUCCUCUGGCUCGACAGCCACCUCGGCAGCAAGCUCGGCUUCUGUUACUGGUACAUCAACCGGUGUAACCUCUAUCGCUACUAUCACUUCAGCACCGACUGCAACACUGGAAAUAAGCACAGGCGGUGCCUCGAAUAGUGAGUCUUCCACAUCAACUGGAGGCUCAACUGGAAGAAGUUCUCAAGGAGCCGAGUCUGCCAGCACUUCUGGCGCGAGCAGUGUUUCCGAAGCAGCAGCUAUGCCGACCGCAGCUGUGAAGGGUGCUAUGCGCGUGGCAGUUGGCUUGGUGGCGGGUAUGGCAAUGUUAUAAGUAAUGGUCUUAGUUGAGGAUAGUCACUACUGGUCUGUAUGAGUUUGGUUGGAUAUAAUGCUUGAUUGAAUCAUAAAUAUUAAUAGAUGCUUAUUAGCAACAAA